CGGGGGGGGUGGCCGGCGUGGCCAAAGCACACGGGACGGCGAUGCCUCCUGCCAGGGGAGCGCACAAGUGACCGGCGCCUCUUCCCAUGCCCGUCUCCUGAAGCGACCCCCCCGUCCCGGCAUGGAUGUGGCCAACAACACUACCUCCCCAGAGCGCUCCCCCGAGGGGGCAGGUGGCCCCGGCCUCGCCGAAGUGACCCUGGGCUACCAGCUGCUCACCUCGCUGCUCCUGGGCACGCUCAUCCUGUGCGCCGUGAGCGGCAACGCCUGCGUGAUCGCGGCCAUCGCCCUGGAGCGCUCCCUGCAAACCGUGGCUAACUAUCUCAUCGGCUCCCUGGCCGUCACCGACCUCAUGGUGUCCGUGCUGGUGCUGCCCAUGGCAGCCCUCUAUCAGGUGCUGAACAAGUGGACGCUGGGGCAGGUCACCUGCGACAUCUUCAUCUCGCUGGACGUGCUGUGCUGCACCUCUUCCAUCCUGCACCUGUGCGCCAUCGCCUUGGACAGGUACUGGGCCAUCACGGACCCCAUCGACUAUGUCAACAAGAGGACUCCCCGGCGGGCCGCCGUGCUCAUCAGCCUGACCUGGCUCAUCGGCUUCUUGAUAUCCAUCCCGCCCAUGCUGGGCUGGAGGACGCCCGAGGACCGCUCGGACCCCGACGCCUGCACCAUCAGCAAGGACCACGGGUAUACCAUCUACUCCACCUUCGGCGCCUUCUACAUCCCGCUGCUCCUCAUGCUGGUGCUCUACGGCCGCAUCUUCAAGGCGGCCCGCUUCAGGAUCCGCAAGACCGUCAAGAAAGCGGAGAAGAAGAAAAUCGCCGACACCUGCCUCACCCUCUCCCCGGCCACCCUGCAGAAGAAAAGCAACGGGGAGCCCGGCAAGGGCUGGCGGCGGACUGUGGAGCCCAGGACCGGCGCCUGUGUCAACGGCGCGGUGCGGCAGGGCGAGGACGGGGCAGCCCUGGAGAUCAUCGAGGUCCAGCGCUGCAACCGCUCCUCCAAGACUCACUUGCCGCUGCCCAGCGCGGCGUGCGGCUCCCCGCCGCCCCCCUCCUUUGAGCGGCGCAACGAGAAGAACACGGAGGCCAAGCGGAGGAUGGCUCUGUCCCGGGAGAGGAAGACUGUCAAGACCCUGGGCAUCAUUAUGGGCACCUUCAUCCUCUGCUGGCUGCCGUUCUUCAUCGUGGCGCUGGUCCUGCCCUUUUGUGACACCGCUUGAAAGUUUCUCCGGAGACGUUGCUGUUGUUUCGGAGGCAGCCAGCUGCGGCACACUUUGCUCGGGAAAACAGAAAAGAAAAGAAAAGAAAACAAAACAACAACUACAAAAAACUAAAACAAACACAAACACAGCAGAACUAACCAAACAGGUCAACCAAAACACUGCCAUGUGCUCCGUGGCAGUAGGGGAGGGGCUGACAGCAUCCCGGCGGCAGCCGCAGGUGGCGAAAGCGACAUCUCUCAGCGCAGCACGGAAAGGGGCAGGUUCUCUCCUCCCCCGGGCCAGCCCCGGCCAGGGUAAGCACGACCACCCCGCAAAACCAGAGCUGCGGCCAGAAGCAGGCAGUGCCACUGCGGUGCCAAGGGCAGGGAGAGGAGAGCCCGCACCUGGCUGCUCCCCGUGGCGGCUCAGCGAGCCUCCCCCCGCAGGGGCUCCCCCCUCUCCCCGUAAUCCCAGCUGCUUCGCCCCGGGCUGCUUCCCCGUCCCCUUCCCCGUCUGGCCCUGGAUGGCGGCAGGACGGCAGGACGGCAGGACAGACGGCCCGGCCCCCCCUGACACCUUGCCGGGACCCCUGCGACGGGCCGCCUGAACGGAAUGCUUCACCAAAUAUAUAUACACGUAGAUAUUUUCCUGUUUAGUUUGGUGUAAUCUAUGCUAACUGUAGGUAAAAGGGAAUGUUAAGUCUGCGCAUCGCGUGAAUCCAAAUGUCCAGUCGUUUCUGAACUUUAACCGCUUACAUUAAACGGCAAUAGUGCUUUUAACAGCCUCGGGGAUAUAGCUGACUUUCUGAAAACCUUAUUCGACCUCAUUUUCGCAAUUAAAGUGGUUUCUGCUAUUA